GCUUAGUAUUUCUAUCAACUUUUUAUUAAGAAUAAUCGACAAAAUGACUGUUGAUCCAACCAAAUCAAUUCCUGCAUUUUAUGCUGGACAAAGUAUACUUUUGACUGGUGCAACAGGAUUUCUGGGUAAAGUUUUUAUCGAAAAGGUAUUACGAUCUUGUCCAGACGUUCGUGAAAUAUUUCUAUUAAUGCGACCGAAGAAAGGAUUAAGUAUUAAAGAAAGGCUCGAUAAAAUAUUAAACCUACCACUAUUUGAAAAAUUGCACAAAGAGCGACCUUCCAAUUUUAAGAAACUAAUUGCAAUUUCUGGUGAUGUCAAUGAGAAGGGAUUAGGUAUGUCGGCUACGGACAAGCAAAUGCUGGUUGAAAGAGUGACCAUAAUAAUUCAUGCAGCCGCGAGUGUGAGAUUCAAUGAUAGUUUGAAGUAUGCCAUAUUUGUUAAUACAAGAACAACAAGAGACAUUUGUAUUUUAGCAAAAAGUAUGAAGAAUUUAAUCGCAUUAGUAUACGUUAGUACAGCAUUUGCACAUGUGAAUGAACCAUUUCUAGAUGAAAAAGUGUACCUGCCAAUAGCUGAUUGGCAAAACAUAAUUGAAAUAGUUGAGACAUUGGAUGAGCAUGUUUUAAACGUUUUUACGGCUAAGUGUUUAGACUAUGCACCAAAUACGUAUACUUUUUCAAAAAAUCUAUCGGAGAAGGUAAUACAAGAUUAUACUUCCUCCUUGCCUUGUGCGAUUAUAAGACCUUCCAUUGUAAUGUCAACGUUACAAGAACCUAUUCCAGGAUGGUUAGACAACGUUUAUGGUCCAAUAGGACUUAGUAUUGGUGUCGCAAAAGGAAUACUACGAGUAAUAUAUCUGAAUAAAACUGUUAAUGAAGAUAUAGUACCAGUAGACAUUGUUAUUAAAGCUAUAAUAACUUUAACUUGGAAGGUAGGAUUAACCACGUUUGAUCACAGCGAUGACUUUUUCCCAUCUUUCGGACAGCAAGCGAAUUCCGCGGCAAAAGAAUGA